AUGGCUACACAGUCGAUCAAACGCACUGCCAGUGCGCAGGCCGCCAAAUACAACUACUAUCUCGAGCGCCGGGCGGCUUGGUUGGAGUUGCGCGGCGAUUAUCGCCAAGACGGCUCGACGCUCGACAAGGCGUUCGCAACGUUCUCACUCGCUCUCGAUUCCGUGACAAUACCCGUCGGUUACUGGUCUGAGAUGCCUCGAGAAGAUGUCGGCACGCAGGAGGCGCACCGCGAGCUUCUGAGCUUCAUGCAGGACUUGGAGGAACGGUUCCGUUCGCUCGCGCAAUGGGUUUGUGGCGACGCUGUCGGCAGUGCUUCUCUAAUGACAGCGGAGAACGACAUCUGCGAAUUACUCAAUUCGCGCAGUCAGGAACUCGCAGCUCGCAAUCCAGCAGGUAUGCACUGUUUUGCCAAGGCGUUACCACCCGACUCUCCAGCCUGGCCGGUAGAAGGAUAG